GCAUUAAUUAGCUUUUUAAGGAGCAGCGAAGCUGCUGUUUGUUUGACGUUGUCUUGAAAGUGGACUGAGGAAAUUUGACAAAUCAGGAAAAAGGCCGAAUUUAAGUGCAGGAAGUUUAAAACCGUUACGCUAGCAAAAACCGAGUUACAGGACGUGGAUUAAGGGGGGGGGGGGGGGGGGGGAAACCCGGUUAACCUUUGAAACGAGUGUCUUCAUAAGUAGUCACAAGAUAAACGUCAGUGACGAGUGACACUCGUUCAGCAGGUGGUGCGAUUUAAAACUUCAGUGGGCUGACUUUUGGGAAUUUGUAGCUCAGGGAUAAACGGAGGAUUGUGGCUCGAAGCUGCACAGAUAAUCUGAAAACUAGUGGAUUUGUGUUGUUUAACAGAUCCAGAGUCUGGAAGUUCAGAAUAAAUCUAGGAGGAUGAUGUCCUCUGUCCAUUUCACUCCAGACUUGGAACCAGUUGUGAAUGGAAAUGCUGACAAGCUGGAAAAUGCCAAAGUGGAGAUUGAUGAUGGAAGGGAUGACUGUGCCGGACCCGACACAAAGUACCAUAAUAUCCGGAGGAUGAUGGCACCUUUUGUUAUGUCCUUUGGAUUUCGUAUGUUUGGAGUGGUACUGAUCCUAGUGGACUUUGUGCUGGUGAUUGUAGACCUUUCUCUGCCAGCCAAGAGCAGAGAGGUUGGGAAUCCCUUGGAGGCAGUGUCCCUCACCAUCUCCUUCUUCUUUCUUGCUGAUGUUCUCCUGCGGGUCUAUGUGGAAGGGUUCAAAGUCUACUUCAGCUCAAAGUUGAACAUCAUAGAUGCCUGUGUUGUGGUGGUCACUCUGGUGGUCACCAUGAUCUAUACCUUCACCGACCUCUCAGGAGCCAGUCUCAUACCCAGGGUGGUGAAUUUUCUGAGAUUUCUGAGAAUUAUCAUCCUGGUGAGGGUUUUCCGACUGGCAGCUCAGAAAAAGGAGCUGGAAAAGGUCACCAGGAGGAUGGUUUCUGAGAAUAAACGUCGUUAUCAGAAGGAUGGGUUUGAUCUGGACCUCACAUAUGUCACAGACCGUGUUAUUGCAAUGUCUUUUCCAUCUUCUGGGAAGCAGUCCUUCUACAGAAAUCCCAUCAGAGAAGUGGUGAGGUUCCUUGACACUAAACAUGGAUGCUACUAUAAAGUUUACAACCUGUGCAGUGAGAAGGGCUACGACCCCAAGUUUUUCCACUACAGAGUUGAACGAGUGUUCAUUGACGAUCACAAUGUUCCAUCCUUGGAGGAUAUGCUGAAAUACACAGCAAGUGUGAGGGAAUGGAUGUCUGCUGAUCCCAAAAAUGUCAUCGCUAUUCACUGUAAAGGAGGAAAAGGGCGCACAGGCACUAUGGUGUGCACCUGGCUGAUUGACAGUGACCAAUUUGAGAGUGCAGAGGACAGCCUGGACUAUUUUGGUGAGAGGAGGACAGACAAGACUCAAAGCUCAAAGUUUCAGGGUGUGGAGACUCCCUCUCAGAGUAGGUAUGUGGGCUACUAUGAGAUCAUGAAGAUGAAGUUCAACAGGCAGCUUCCUCCACCCAAAAGUCUCAACAUCAAGAGCAUCCGCAUCCACUCUAUAGCAGGGGUAGGUCGGGGAGAUGGCAGUGACUUCAUGGUGAAGAUAAUCGUGAGGAAGGAGCUGGUAUUCCAGUGUGUGUGCGCUAAACAGGAUAACUGCACAGUGUUCCCUGAUGUGGGUAAUAAUGCAGUGGUUAUCAGUUUAAAGAAUGGGCCUGUGGUUGACGGGGAUGUAAAGGUCAUGUUUGAGUCGAGUGCUGGUCUCCCUAAAGGAUAUGAAGAUGUUGCCUUCUACUUUUGGUUCAAUACCUCCUUCAUCACGGGCAACAGGCUGUUCUUACCCAGGGAGGAGCUGGACAACCCCCACAAACCAAAGACCUGGGACCUGUACAAGGAGGACUUUGGUGUCACUAUGGUUUUCUCAGAUCCAUAAUAAGAUAUUCUUAAAAGUUUCCUUUUUGCAACUU